GAGGGAUCCAUCCGGCCAUCCAUCGUCCGAGGCGCGAACUCUAACCCACAGCCCAACUUUUAAUUUCCCCUGCCCCCCGCACGAGCUCCAGCCGAGCCGACCCGAGCCGCGAAACGCAUCCCCCCACCCGGCGGCGACGUACGGGCGGAGGCGCGCGGCGAGGGCAAAAACGAGGCAGCCAACCGUCGGCCCGCGCCCGAUCGUUCCCCGGACGGGCCGAUCGCGACCGACCGAUCGACCAGGCGCCUAUUCUUAGGAUCGGAGCGCGCGUCGCCGAACGAGGCCGGCCGGCCAUGGCGGCGGCGGCGUCCUGCGGCGGCCCCGACCCGGCGUCAUCGUCGUCCGUGGCGCACCGGCGCCGCCUCGCCGACGUCGAGCGGCCGGACGGCCCGCGCGACGACGACGCCGACGGCUGCGGCCGGCACCGCGGGGUCCGGGCGCUCUUCUCCGUGAGGAGGAGCUACGGCGCCAAGAGGGCGUCGUCCGUGGUCGACCAGUCGUGGGUGCGCAACGCGGUGGCCUCCAUGCUGGGCAUCCUCGUCCUCGUCGGGCUCCUCGGCUCGCACCGGGCCGUCGGCGGCGACGGCGGGAGGCUCCUUCGGAGGGUGGACGGGGAGGCGCUGGGCUGGAGGGAGGAGAACCCGACGGCCCUCGCUCGCCUCUCGCCCGACACGCCGAUUCCCAAGAUAUGGACGAUGCCGGCUAGCGAGGGUUACAGCAAAUGCAUCGAACGCCCGAAAAACCACCACAGAACAAGCAAUGCAACAGCUGGCUAUAUCAUGGUUGAUGCCAAUGGUGGACUGAACCAGAUGAGAAUGGGAAUAAGCGAUAUGGUUGCAGUUGCUAAGAUCAUGAAUGCGACACUAGUGAUCCCUACACUGGAUCACAGAUCAUUCUGGACUGAUCCAAGUGAUUUCAAAGAUAUAUUUGAUGUCGAGCACUUCAAGAAAACUCUAGAGGAUGAUAUUGUGAUUGUGGACUCCUUGCCGCCAGCUUACAGAAGGUCGAAACUCUAUACGAGGGCACCAUCUUCCUGGUCCAGGGCUUCUUACUACAGAGCUUUUGCACGGACACUAAAGAAGGUCAAAGUUGUUAAAUUCACACACACAGAUUCACGAAUUGUCAACAACGGUCUUGCUCCUCAUAUCCAACAACUCCGCUGCCGGACAAAUUACGAGGCACUAAAAUACAAAAACGAAAUUGAAGAUCUAGGUAAUACUCUAGUUGAUAGACUGAGGAAUGGGUCCAACCAUUAUAUCGCACUUCAUUUAAGAUAUGAGAAGGACAUGCUCUCAUUUACUGGCUGCAGCCAUAAUCUAACACAUCAGGAGGCAGAGGAGCUGAGAGAAAUGAGACUCAAGGUACGGCACUGGAAAGAAAAGGAAAUUAACAGCAGGGAGAGGCGACUUCAAGGAGGCUGUCCUAUGACUCCUCGUGAAGCAGCUUUUUUUCUUAAAGCUAUGGGCUAUCCUUCCACGACGAAUAUCUACAUUGUAGCAGGUGAAAUAUAUGGUGGACAUAGUAUGGACGAAUUAAAGGCCGCAUAUCCAAAUGUCUACACACAUUAUAGUCUAGCAACAGCAGAUGAAUUAGAGCCCCUCAAGCUGUACCAAAACAGAUUAGCUGCAGUGGACUACAAUGUAGCCCUCCAGAGUGAUGUUUUUGUGUAUACAUAUGAUGGAAAUAUGGCCAAAGCAGUACAGGGUCAUAGAAGAUUUGAAGGAUUCCGGACAACCAUUAAUCCUGACAGGCAAAAGCUUGUUGAGCUCAUUGACAAGCUUGAUGAGGGUACAAUAACUUGGAACGACUUCCAAAACAAAGUGAAAACACAUCAUGAAAACAGACUUGGAGGUCCAUAUCAGAGGCUGUCUGGUCAAAGUCCAAGGCAAGAGGAGUAUUUUUAUGCAAAUCCUCUCCCAGGGUGCUUGUGCAAAAAAACACAAAGGAUUUAGCGACAUGGAAUUACUUUGAAGCGGUGGGGAUUGGGGAUAUUUCAACCCUCUUCGCUGCAUGCGACAUGGAAAUAGGUAGACAUCUCUUAGGAUGAUUGAGAUAAACCAAAUACUGCAACUUCUAGUAAACUAACAGCAACAUACCACAGAUUAUUUUAGUAGAGGCUAACAAUGUAUGUAAUACUCGUUCUUGCAUAUGGAGGUGGGAAAGAGAGGUUAACUCAUUGUCCUCCGAGAAGUGCAUUUUCAACAAAUUGUUUAUUCAAGUGUAGCGAUGGAUGGGAAGACAAAGGGAUUUCGAGUAGUUUCAGAGGACAAAUGUACAACAGAGGAUAGGAUUAGCAAGUCAGAGAACUUCCGAUACAUGUUUGUACUUCGUUUAUACUGUGAAUGUACAGUCUUUGCUCUCUUGUUCAAAAUUUUGUAUUAAUCUAAGUACGACUUCAUUCAGGAUGGAUUUGUGUAUAUGCAAUAGUUGUCAGCUACAGACAAAGUUGUAACAGCAAGUGAUGAAUAAGAAAAAAAAUAGCCUUGUCCA